AUGUUUGACAACACGCAGUACCCCUACAAUUGCUUCAACUACGAUGCCGACGACUUUCCGGCCGGCAGCUCAGAUGAGGAAAAGCAACUCACACGGCCCGCGUACAGCUACAUCGCGCUCAUCGCCAUGGCAAUCCAGCAAAGUCCGGAGGGUCGCGUGACCCUGGCGGGCAUCUACGACUUCAUCAUGCGGAAGUUCCCCUACUACCGCGCCAACCAGCGUGCCUGGCAGAACUCCAUCCGACACAACCUGUCCCUCAACAGCUGCUUUGUCAAGGUGCCCCGAGCCGAAGGCCAUGAGAAGGGCAAAGGCAACUACUGGACGUUUGCCUGCGGCUGUGAGUCUCUGCUCGACCUCUUCGAGAAUGGGAACUACCGUCGCCGGCGCCGACGGCGCGGCCCCAAGCGGGACUUCAAAGAAGAGGGAGUCGGAGCGCAGGAGAUGGACGGUGCCCGAGGAUCCCUCAGUUCGCCCCAGCCCGUUGGCGCUCCCUUGUCACCAGCCCCUGCCGGCCAGGUUGCGCCCCCGCCCCCCGCCAGCCCCACCACGCUGGGGAAGGCGGAUCACCACCGGGACAUCAAGUUCAGUAUAGAUUACAUACUCUCCUCCCCUGGGCCCAGGUCGCCCCAUCCCACGCAGGAGGGCAAACAAAUGAACCUCUGUUUUUGGACAAUGUGA